AACUAAGGUUACAAUAAUAGUUGCGUAAAUGAAAUUCACAUUCAGUUUUUGCAACACAUUUUGGAGAGGCGUCUGUGGCAUAGCCAUCAGAAACCAGGUGCAGCCCUUGAUCCAGAAGAACGGAAUAAUUGCUUCUGUUUCCUGUAUUUAAUAUCGGGGAUCUUAGGUCAUCUUGGAAGUUGUUUAUCCAUAGCAGUCUUUUGAUACCUAAUUGCAGGAGUCUGAGUAUUUCUGCUGGUAGAAUGACAGGAAAAAGUCAGACUUUAAGUUUCCAACUCCCAGCUGUUGUACAGCCCAUUUCGGUGGAUAGCCACGUAUAUCCAUUUGGGAACAACCUUAGUUCUGACAGUGAUGUUUUGGAAGAUGAAGUUGAAAUAUAUGAACUGCGACCUCGGGGAAAAGAGAAAACUCGGAGAAGCACUUCAAGAGAAAGAAUGGAUGAUAUUGUAUUUAUAACUAAAGAUAUACAAGAAGGAGAUACACUAAAUGCAUUAGCUCUUCAGUAUAGUUGUUCAGUAGCAGAUAUCAAACGGGUGAACAAUCUUAUCACGGAUCAGGACUUCUUUGCAUUAAGAACUAUUAAAAUUCCAGUUAAAAAGUUCAGCCUUCUGACGGAGACACACUGUUUUCCAAAAAAUAGACAGAAUUCAAGAUCUGCCGCCUCAUCAUAUUCCACAGAAUUCUCAGAUUCAUCACUAGCACCUGAGUUCUCAUCUACUGAAACAGCUGGUAACUUUUUGAAAGAAGUGGACCGUGAUAUAGAACAAAUAGUGAAGUGCAAUGCUACCAAAAGAGAAAAUCUUAAUGAAGUUGUUUCUGCUUUAUCAACCCAACAAUUGAACUUUGAUCUAGAUGGUAAACCUAUCAGACAGAAAGAUCCUUAUUAUGGUGCAGACUGGGGGAUUGGAUGGUGGACAGCAGUGGUAAUAAUGGUAGUAGUAGGCAUUAUAACACCUGUUUUUUAUCUUUUAUACUAUGAAGUUUUGGUCAAAGUGGAUGUCAGUCAUCAUUCUACAGUGGAAUAUUCAUUAGUUGCACCAUCUCAGUCAAAGCCAUUAGAAAAUGAGAUAAAGCAGCCUAUUUCUUGAAGAUUAAGUUUUGGUUUUACAUGCUAAAUGUCUGAGCAUUCUUGCCAUGUGUACUGCAAAGAAGCAUGAACGUGUUCUGAGUGGAACUGUAAAGUGGCUAUUUCUAAUGGUAAUAUACUGUGUUUGUGGAAAAGUUGUCAAUAUAUUGAAGAAUUAAAAGUUUAUCUGGAUCCGCCAAAAUAUAUGGAUUUAACCUACCACUCUGCCAUUGAAAUUAAUAGGACUGAAACCAAUUUAAGUGAAGUAUCUUUACAGUAAGCUUCAUAUUUACUUUAAAAAUGUUUAGUCUGGCUUUAAUGGUAUGGAGAUUCUAUGUAUAUCAAGCAAUAAUACCUUCUAUCACAGUACAUGGAAUUAGGGAUAGUUUGGUUUAUUGGAGUUAGUGAACAAGCAGACUGCUUGGUAUUGCUGAACAAGAUAAUCAGUUUGAAUUAUUUGAAGAGCACUAUAUAAUUAAAAGGAACCAAUGAUUCAUAUGAUUCAUUUGUUCUAACUGCAAUGACUUUCAAAGAAUGGAAACUUAAACAGAAAAAAGGUGAAAGAAUCUCACAUUCUUUAAACUUCUUUAUUCCCAAAGUGCUUGUUGCAUUAUAUAGUAUUGCAUAUCGUCAAAUGCAGAAGACCUGUUUACUGUACACAAGCAGUUUGCACAAACUCCCUCUUUUAUAAAUGAUUUAGAAUUAAAGGGAAAGGGUACUAGCUACUUGCAGGAAACCAGGACCAAUAAUAUGACAUCAGAUUUCUUCCUAAAUCAUAACAAUGACAUUUUGGAGGUUAAACAAUCCAUUGCCCCUAAUAUAUCACAUGUACAGUUGAGCUGAGUAUUGUGCUAAGCCAUUAAGUACUUGGGCUUUCGUUUGGUAUAUUAUUUUAACCUAACCAUUGGGAUAUUUAAAAUAAAAAUUUUUCUUCGUCUGCUAGUUAUUUUUUUUUAAGUAGAAAACCAUGGUUCAGCAGCUAUGGGUUUAGUGCACUUUAUAAAGCUAAUUCUGUACAUGGAUAAGACAUAGAUUAUGGCAGCCAAACAAAAUAUAUAAAAAUACAUUAAUUCCUUCCAUUAAACAAAUGCAAUAUUAGUGGCUUAUUUCCUUCUUGAAUCUUCCUCUAAUUUGGAGCUUUUGUAUUGUUUUUCACCCAUUCGGGCCCUUCCUGCAUUAGGCCUACCUAAUCAAUAUUAUUUUGGAAAGCAAGCCUAUUGUUUGUUAGGGCAUUAUUGGAACUGUACUACAAUGCAUAUUUAAGAGGGAAAAUGUGAACUCUUUUCAUUUUAGCAUAUGACUAGUUGCAAGCAAAGAAAUACAAAUAUUUCUUUGCUUGCAACUAGUGAAAAUUUGCUUGCUUGCAACUAGUAAAAUAUGAAAAUUUAAAGACAUGUUCUACAAUUGGCACAUGAAUGCAUUAGAAGGUCAAGUAUAGAACUAGAAAACAAAGAAAAUAAUAAGCCGUGCAAGACUAUUUUAAAGAUCUCUAUGCCAUAAAAAUGAAAGUGUAGCAUAUAGUAAGAUUUUCCAACCAUCUACACUCUUUGAAGCACCAGAAGUUGAGUACCUCAAGUAUGCUACAUUUUUUUCUUAUAACUUGAAUUAAAAAAUAUUAAAGGAAGAUUCAGUACAAGUAUAGGUUAAAUGGGUUUUAUCAUAGCUCAGGAGUUGUGCCUUAUUUCUACAACUGAAAAAUAUUAAUCUAUAGUGUUUCAUGAAUAAGUAGUAUACUUAUGGAAUGAAAGAUUUCUUCAUAAAAAUUUUGCGAACAAGUCCAUUUUUAAAUUAAGGUUAAGAAUGUGUAAGCUAUAAUUCCUUAUGCAGUGUUGCUGUAUGUUUUUAUCUUUCCCAAAGUACAUUUUCAUCAUGUGAAGGAUUGGAAAGACUAUGAAAAGAUAACAUGAAGUUAAAGGAAAAACUUGGAGUACUGAAUUAAGACAUUCCACUAAAACAAAGCAAUUAAGUUCAGAAUAUCAGAUUUGUAAGUAUACUACAUAACUGAAGCAUAUGAAAUAGUUUUAAUUGUCAUUUGGAAAAAAUGUUUUCACAAAAUGAUGUUUAUGUAAGUUUCAGAAUUUAUCAAAAGGCCUUUGGCCAGA